AUGGACGAAGUGACUGCCUGUUUCAACCGUACACGCUUAAAGAAUGAGAAUGUUCGUCCUAUCGUAGCUUCCUUCAUCUUCAUAUCAUCACUCAUAUCAACAAUUCUCAAUAUAUUUCUGUUGUCCAUAGUUAUAAAGUUUUGGAAUACCAAUUUUAGAAAACAGCCAUUUUGCUAUUUUGUUAUAAUCAUGACCAUUCCUGGAGGCAUAUAUGCAGCAACGAAUCUGAUCGUUUCAGGACCAUGUAGCAUUUCUGAUUGUUCUUUCAUUAGCUCCGAUUGGCUCAUGAUCGUUCUGGCCACCCCGAACACCUUAAGUCACUGGGGAUAUUUGUUAGCCGCAUUUUCAUUUUCCAUCUACAGAUUUUCCGUAUUUUUAUCGUCACGAAAAAGUAAUUCCAAAUACGUCAUAAUGACUUGUCUAUUAAGUCCUUGGCUGUUAUCAGCCUUUAUCACGUUUACAACUACAUUUACCGGAUGUUAUAAACGAUUCAAUCGUUAUGCACUUCAGUACACUUAUAACUGUUCUGAGUGCAGUAUGUUCUAUGGUCUUUUCACAUUUCAAGAUUUCAAUUUCUGGGCUGGACAGAUUCUGCCUGUAAUCAUGCUUUCCUUAUACAGUUUCAUAAUCAUCAGUAUACAACAGAAACAACGAAGUCAAGCAAUGUCUAGGGAAUUACAUUUGACGACACAAUAUUUUAUUAUUUGCCUUUUUCAAUAUUUAUCAUCAUUCUUAUUUUAUAUUAUUCCAAAAAUAGGUACUGGUAGCGCAUGGGAUAUCAUCGCAAUGAACAUCAUAGGAGUUUUAAAUGUUUCUGUAAAUCCAAUUGUUCUGUUUUGCUUUAAUGGUCAAAUACGCAAUUCGGCUGCGAACAUGAUUGAUACCAAGACUAUGUUCUCUAAAACUAACCACAGUACGCGUAUAGAAGCCAAUCGUCCAACUCGUGUGCUUUCUAUCAGGUCGACCGUUACAACCAUAGCUGCUGGCCAUUUCAUUCGAGCAUCAUAG